CUACAACUUCCGGUUUCUGGCAGGACGUGUUUCAUUGUAUCAUGUACAUUGUUGAAAUGGGCUCGAGUGUUGCUCGGUAGUUUGGAGUUUCUCCGGUUCUCCGGCGGAGUCUCGGGAUCUUUAGCGAAGCGUUGCGGAUAUUCUCGUUCCGGACGCGUCGCUCGUUCGUCUCUUCGGAACGCUCGUCAUGAACGGGUUCAGCACGGAGGAGGACAGCCACGACGCGCCGCCCGCGCCGCCCUUCUUCGGCCAGAGCUGCUGUCUGAUCGAGGACGGGGAGCGCUGCGGCCGCGCGGCGGGGAACGCGUCCUUCAGCAAGCGCAUCCAGAAGAGCAUCAGCCAGAGGAAGCUCAAGCUGGACAUCGACAAGAGCGUUCGGCAUUUGUACAUCUGUGAUUUCCACAAGAACUUCAUCCAGAGCGUCCGCAACAAACGCAAGAGGAAGACGAGCGACGACGGAGGAGAGUCUCCCGAUCACGACGUGGAAGUGCCGGAGGUGGAUCUGUUCCAGCUCCAGGUCAACACACUGAGACGCUACAAGAGGCACUACAAGAUCCAGACCAGACCCGGCCUCAACAAAGCCCAGCUCGCAGAGACCGUGAGCCGUCACUUCCGCAAUAUUCCCGUCAACGAGAAGGAGACGCUCACGUACUUUAUUUAUAUGGUGAAGAGCAGUAAGAGCCGUCUGGACCAGAAACCAGACGCGAGCAAACAAGUGGAGUGAGGUUCCCUCGCUGCUUCACGUCCUCUGAAUACUGUGUUUGUGUAGUGAUGAGGAUGAGGAUGAGGAGGAUGAGGAGGAUGUGCCAAACCCACAGUGACAUCAUUAACCCGCCGGCGCCUCUGAUGCUCAGGCUUCACCGUGUCUCCAGCGAGGACCUGAUUGAAAGCAUGACAGGGACUGGAUGACUGCAGAUCUGCGUCUGUGUUCAUGUGCUCUGCUUUUAUAUGACUGCUGCAUAUCUGUAUAGCAUUUUUUGUAGAUUGUAAUGUUAGUUUCCUUCCUUUCUUUGUUUGGAAUAACUCGUCUAAAUACAGUUCUGGUGGCACGGCUAA